UUCCAGAAAUAUAAACAUGGCUUUAUUCGAGAUCCUGUGGUUCUAAGUCCAAAUGAUAUAGUAAGGGAUGUAUUUGAUGUAAAGAAAAAACAUGGCUUCUGUGGAAUUCCAAUUACAGAAAAUGGGCAGAUAGGUGGCAAACUGGUAGGCAUAGUGACAUCCCGUGACAUUGAUUUCAUGGAGGAAGACAUGUUAGACCUACCCCUUGCUAAGGUUAUGACGAGGAAGGAGGAUUUAGUGAUCGCACCGUCUGGAAUUACUUUAACGGAAGCAAAUGAGAUUUUACAACAAAGCAAAAAAGGAAAACUUCCCAUUGUGAACGAGAGAGGAGAACUAGAGUCUAUUAUUGCUCGUACUGAUUUGAAGAAGAGUCGUAGCUAUCCAUUAGCAUCGAAAGAUGCGAAUAAGCAACUUCUGGUUGGAGCUGCCAUUGGCACAAAAGAUUCGGAUAGAGAUCGUUUAGAUAAGUUAGUCCAAGCAGGAGUAGAUGUCAUAAUUUUGGAUUCCUCCCAAGGUAACUCUGUCUACCAGAUAGAGAUGAUUCAACACAUAAAGAAAAAAUAUCCUGGGUUGCAAGUGAUUGGUGGAAAUGUGGUCACAACUGAGCAAGCAAAGAACCUGAUCAAUGCAGGAGUGGAUGGUUUGAGAGUGGGAAUGGGUUCUGGAUCUAUAUGUAUUACUCAAGAAG